GUUGUUUGUUGGGGGUUUUGUGGAGUAAGAAGGGAAGUGUUGGUUAAAUAGUCGAAACAUCAGUCAUGCCCAAAAGAAAAAAGGUGUUGAACACUUCUGAAGACAGCAAAGAUGGUAGUGAAUGUUCUAAAAGGAAAAGAAGUUUCUUAGAUCCAAUUGAAAUGUUCCAAGAAAUUUAUGAUACAUUACGUAACUAUAAAACUGAUGAUGGUCGUCUGGUUUGUGAAACAUUUAUCCGGGCCCCAAAUCGAAGGAGUUUGGCAGAUUAUUAUGAUGUUAUUUCAACACCUAUAGAUAUGUUGAAAAUUCAGCAAAAAUUGAAAACUGAUGACUAUAUGGACCUUCAGCAAUUUUCUGCAGAUAUUGAAUUGAUGAUAAACAAUGCUAAGAGUUAUUAUAAGAAAAAUACACAAGAAUACAAGGAUGCAUGUGAACUAUGGGAAGUUUUCAAUGAAGCCAAAAAUGAUAUCCUGAGUAAUGAAAUUAAAAAGGAAGAUGAUAAAGCAUGUGAAACUGAUGAUGAUAGAGCUAGUGAAUGCAGUGAAGAUGAAUCUAUCUAUGAAGAGCUUUUCACCACAGUUAUGACAGCAGCUGAUAUGGAAGGACGUGCUUUAAGUACUAUGUUUCAACUGUUGCCAUCCAGAACCUUGUACCCUGAAUAUUAUAAAGUCAUCACAAAUCCGGUGGAUUUAAAAAUGAUAGCAACAAAGAUUCAAAACAAUGAUUAUCGUUCUCUUUGUGAUAUGGAAAAAGAUUUACUUCACAUGAUUAAGAAUGCAAAAGCAUUCAAUGAGCCCGGAUCACAAAUUUAUAAAGAUGCAGCAACAUUAAGAAAAAUAAUUUUAAUAAAAAAAGCUGAAAUAGAUCAAAGAAAAACUUACCCUGCAAAAACAAGUGAAAGAAUUAGAAAUAAAAGACUUGCAGGGGGACAAAAAUGGUCUGCCAUUAUUUCUGCCCUACAAUAUGAAUCUGAUGCAAUUCCUAAGGUAGAUCUUACUUCAGAUAUUGCAUCUCCACCGUCAAUUGAUUUAGCAGAUGAGAGUCGAGACGGAGAUGACGGUAAUGAAUCUGGACCAGAAGAUGCAGAUAAUAACCCACAAUGGCUUCUUUAUGAAACAGUCAAGAAUUACAUUAAUCCUCAGGGAUACCAACUUUCUGAACCUUUUUGGACUCUUCCAAACAGGAGGUCAUACCCAGAUUAUUAUAAAGAAAUCAAGCAACCAAUGUCCUUAUUUAAGAUAAGAACUAAAGUCAAAACAAAACAAUACACUAGCUUAGUUGAUGUUGUGGAUGACAUGAAUUUGAUGUUUGAAAAUGCUAGAAAAUAUAAUCGCCCUGAUUCAAAAUUAUUUAAGGAUGCUGUGAAGCUUCAAAAGAUUAUGCAAGCUAAAGCACGAGAACUUAUUAAUUUGCACAUGAAAGACUCAGAAAGCGAUGAUGAUGAAGAUCGUGCGUCUAAACGUAAGGCAAAGAAAUUGGUUGCAUCACCUAUAUUAGAAGUGAAGAAGAUUAGAAGAAGUUUAGACGGGGACCCCAAUUUGAAACGUAAAGCAAGGAUUUUAUAUAAGACACUGCAUGAUUAUUUAGAUGAUGAUGGGCGUCCAUUGAUAUCUGUUUUUAUGGAGAAACCAUCGAAAAAAGAUUAUCCUGAUUAUUAUGAAAUUAUUGUGAAUCCAAUAGAUAUGAAGACAAUAGACUGCAAUAUAAAAUCAGAAAAAUAUCAGACUGAGGAAAGUUUGAUUGCUGACUUCAAAUUAAUGUUUGCAAACUGCAAACAGUACAAUGAAGAAGGCUCUCAGAUAUAUCAAGAUGCAGAAACAUUGGAAAAUGUUUUGAACUGCAAAAUCCAAGAGAUGGGCGGAACUAUCACUGAAACUCCCAAAGUGAAAUUGCCAAUUAAAAGAGUGGUAAAGGAGUUUGCUAAGGAAGAGUUGCAUAAGCCUGCAGGCAUGAAGCAAAAAUUGAGGACCUUUUAUGAUUCUGUGAAAGAAUACACUGAUCCAAAAGGAAGAAAGCUAUCUGUGAUAUUCAACAAAUUGCCAUCAAAAACGGACUAUCCUGAUUAUUUUGAAGUUAUUAAGAGGCCCAUUGAUUUGGAUAAAAUUGGCAAUAAAUUGAAGACUAACCAGUAUGAGACAUUAGAAGACAUGCUCUCCGACUUUGUGUUGAUGUUUGACAAUGCUUGCAAAUAUAAUGAACCUGACUCACAAAUUUACAAAGAUGCAUUAACUUUGCAAAGGAUGACAUUACAAACUAAAUUGGAAUUAACUGAGGAUGCUAAUAAUGGAAUUCCUGAUGUUCGAGCUCUAGUGCAAGAACUGCUGACAGACCUUUUUAUUUCUACAUAUAACCAUCAGGAUGAAGAAGGUCGCUGUUUUAGUGAUUCAUUGGUGGAAUUUUCAGAAACGGAUUCAUCUACUGAUCCAUCAAAGAAAGUGUUAAACUUGGAUAUGAUCAAAAGGAACUUAGAUAAAGGGAAGUAUAAAAGAUUAGAUCGUUUCCAAGAAGAUAUGUUUGAAGUAUUUGAAUUUGUCCGCCAUCGUAGCCGUACUGAUUCUCAAGUGUUUGAAGAUUCUGUUGAACUGCAAUCAUUUUUUAUCAAAAGGCGGGAUGUGUUGUGUAAGUGUGGAGAAGUUCUUCUCUCUCCUGCUUUGCAGUAUACAGAAGCUGAUUUACAAGCCAGUGUUGAAACUCUAAGAGCUCAAAAGUUACCCCGAGAACAACAAGAAGCUGAAAUGGAACCAAAGCAAGAAAAAGAGGAGACACGAACAAAUGAAAUAUCUAGUUCUGAUAGUGCUAUUUUUCAAAAUCAAACAUAUAAUGUUGGUGACUUUGUGUACAUUGAACCAAGGGAAAAGGGCAUGGAGCCUCAUAUAAUGCAUGUUGAAAAAUUAUGGAGAGAUAAUCAAGGAGAGCAAUGGCUGUAUGGUUGCUGGUUUUAUCGUCCCAAUGAGACAUUUCAUCUAGCUACUAGAAAAUUCUUAGAAAAGGAAGUUUUCAAAAGUGACAACUACAACAGUACUCCACUGAAUCAAGUGAUAGGAAAAUGUUAUGUCAUGUUUGUUAAAGACUAUUUCAAGUUUCGUCCUAAUGAGUUUGAAUUCAAAGAUGUAUAUGUAUGCGAGUCAAGAUAUUCAGCCAAGGCAAAAGCAUUUAAAAAAAUCAAAAUUUGGAAUUUUACUCCGAAUAAUUAUGUCCAUAUUGUACUACGAGAAGAACAAGUAGAUGCAGUGCGUGUACCAUCAAUGUUCAAAGAUGGAUUUGAGAAGCCAAAAGAUGAAAGUAGUGAUGGAGACGAUCCUGAUAUUGAUGUGGUCCUCAAGCCCCGUCCGAAUCUUGUUUGUGAAGUACCAAAUCCAGAUGAAGGUGCAGUUUAUUAUGAGCAGUAUACAAUACCCUCUGGAACUUACAAACUAGGUGACUGUUGUUACGUUCGAACAGAACACAAUAAAUCGCUGAUUGGUCGUAUUGACAAAAUGUGGAUUGAUAAAACGGGUAAUGCUUUUUAUCAUGGUCCCUGGUUUGUUACUCCCCAAGAAGUGCAGCACCCUCCAACUCGAUUGUUUUUCCGCCAAGAAGUGUUUCUCAGCUCCAUUGAAGACACCAAUCCUCUUCUCAGUGUUAUAGGGCACUGUGCUGUUUUGGAAAACAAGGAUUAUUGCACAAAAAGGCCUACUGAAGUACAGGAGCAGGAUGUCUUUAUUUGUGAAUCUCGAUACUUAGAAGCAGAGAGGCAAAUUCGAAGACUCACAAAAGGAUUGAAAAAAAUACCACUGUCCUCCAAUGUCACAGAAGAUGAAUAUUACUUUUUCCGGAAGCCCCUCAAUCCUCAAAAGACAGAAGUCUAUAGCACUCCUGUUAUUGUUAAGAAGAAUGUUGUUCCCAAUAAUCCUGAAUUGUCACCUCUAAUGACUAGACCUGUUGUUGAGACUGAUAAUGAAGAAUCAAAUGAUGUGUCUACACCUAUAACAAUGACUGAACAGGAGAAUUCCCUGCCUCCUCUGUCAUCUUCCAAGAAGAAAAGUACCAAAAGGAUUGUGACAGGAUACAUUCUAUUUGCCAGCGAAGUUCGACGUUCGGUGAUUGCUGCAAAUCCUGAUCGUUCGUUCGGCGACAUAAGUCGUUUGAUUGGAACUGAGUGGCGCAACCUUCCAAUUGCAAAAAAAGCUGAUUAUGAAGAUCGAGCAGCAAAGCAGAAUGAAGAAACGCAGCAGCUUAAUUUACUUGGAGCUGAAAGCAUGCCACAAUCGCCUGCCUCAAACCAUGGUAGCUGCGCUUCUACCGGUGACCGCAAUGAAAAUAUCCUUUAUGAGUGCUUGUGGGAUGGCUGUGACCACCAGUUUGAAGAUCAAGUUGAUUUGGUGGAGCAUUUAGCCGUGGAACCCGGUGGGCAUAUCCAGCAGACUUUCCGUAAUAAAGACAGAGAUAGUGAAAUCCAAUGCCUUUGGUAUAAUUGUCAAAGAAUAAAGAAAAACAUUCCACCCUUUCCAAAUGUUGCUCGACUUAUCAGGCAUGUUAAAGAAGUACAUUUAAAAACAGCUAUGAAAAACAUUCUUCCUGAAAAUCGUAACAGAAAUUAUACUCCAUCCAAACGGAAUCCACCUGCUGCUCUAUCAUUUGGUGCAUUGAAUAGUACCAACUUUUCCACUCCCUUUAAAUCAGCAUCUUAUAAUGGGGGACUCCCCAUGUCUCCCGCACCACCAGGAAUCUCCUACAAUUUUCCCCCACCCAUGCCUCCUCGGCCAGCUCACAUUUCUAACCCACAUGGAGCCAAGUCAUUAGAACCCAUGUUUGUGGCACCCCCACCUAAAACACAACGCCUUCUGCAUUCAAAUGUUUAUAUAAAAUACAUUGAGGGAUUACAAGCGGAAUCUCGGUACAUAAGUAACUGGGACUCGCACCUCAAGGCGACUCCGGACACCACACAGCCUCCCGAUCCACAGCGAUUGCCCACCCAUUGGCUGGGCAAUGGAGUUGAAGGUCACGGCAAUGCACUUAAUGCCCUCUGGUCUUUGCGAAAUUACAUGCUGAAGGAUGCCCUGAAUGUUGCACACAUCCUUUGAAAUGCACUGCCUUCAAAAAGACAUUUUUAUGUAUGUUUUAUGUGUGUGAAUAAAUACCUGUCAUUUUUUUCACUAAAU